GGUGUGGCCUGGCCUCUCCUGCCGCCCUCUUCCCCUGCCCAGUCUGGCAUCUGCACAGUCCACACACGGCUUUCCUGGCAGCCAACACGGGGCUCCAGACCACAGAGAAAAUCAUGGAGAUGUCAGGACCUUCCUCCCAGACUCCAGAUCAUAGUCGAGUCCAUGGAGAAACAGAAGAUCUAGACUAUGAAGAGAUGGAUUUCCACAAGCCAGGCAGGGAAGCUGGACUAUUUUCUCACGAACAACCUAAGAGAGACAAGUCUUCUACCUCCUCCUCUUCCUCCUCCUCUUCCUCCUCGUCAUCCUCCUCUUCCUCAGGUGCUGAGCAUGAGGAGCCUGACCUUUUGAAGGAUGAGCUUCAGCUCUAUCAAGUAGGUGCCCCUGGAGAGGUGGUGCCCUCUGAAGAAUCGGGACUCCGAAGACGAGGCUCUGACCCAGCAAGUGGAGAAGUGGAGGCCUCUGAGUUAAGAAGACUGAAUAUAAAGAAAGAUGAUGAGUUUUUCCAUUUUGUCCUGCUCUGCUUUGCCAUUGGGACCUUGCUGGUGUGUUAUCACUAUUAUGCAGACUGGUUCAUGUCCCUUGGGGUCGGCCUACUUACCUUCGCCUCCCUGGAGACUGUCGGCAUCUAUUUUGGGCUGGUUUACCGGAUCCACAGUGUUCUGCACGGCUUCAUCCCGCUCUUUCAGAAGCUUAGGCUGAUGGGAUUCAGGAAGACCGACUGAGGCCAGUGCUGGGCCAGCAGCCACGCUGGGCCCCAGUAUGACCAUACUGCAUCUCCUGAGUGCACAAGGGCAGAGCGCCGUCCUGGGAGACACACGGGCGGGCCAGUCUAGAGCAAUAAAGAGAGCGCUUUUCCUUCCAUGUAGUCUGAACGCUGACACCAGCCUGGACCCAGGCAUCAUUUGGGCAGUACUGGCAUUCAAUCCAGCUGCCAGGUUGGAAGGCAGAGGAAAGGUACCACACCUAUGCCCUUCGUGGUUCCUGGAUCAGCAGGAGGAUUCUAAGAUGUUACUUUCUCAGAAGACAGUAGGAGACCCCUGGGCCCUACAAGCUAUAAUCCGUGUGAGCCUCUUAUUCCUCUCAAAUUGCCAGGCCAUCCAGGUGGCCUCUAAGCCUUACAGAGUCAUCCAAGGAAAGAGAACCUACUGCCCUGAGGCAGGGAGCCAUCAUGCCAUGCCCCUAGGGUAAGCCUGAUACAGGGAGCUGCUGGGGACUUAAGCCACAGCAUCAAGGCAUCUUCUCUAGCCCCAUUGCCUAGUGCCGGCCCUGCUGCUUUGGAUUCCAACAAGAUUCAAAUAAACAUUUUCGUCCCUGGACUAAAAAAAGAGUCAGCUAAAUGUUCCUUCAGGUUUCUUAAGUAUGAGAACACAUUUGGAGUCUCCUUUGACCCCAUCUAGUCAGGGAAGGCAACUUGUCUAUUGGAUAAAGUAUAAAAGAGAAUAAAUGUACAGCCCCUCACUUUAGAGCCAAGACUCUAAUUGCACAAGUUCAGAAAGAGGGUUUUGCAAACAUUCCUAUGAAAAGAUCUGGGGCUGUUAAGUACUCUAAGCCCAACAAAUACCAAAGGAAUGAAACAGAAGCACACAUACACAAAAAUUCACUACAAACUUGGAUUGCAUAAAUGGAGGUACAGAGUCUAGAUUGAAGGAGGUGAUAGUAGUUCUUUAUACAGCUAGUCCACACCAAUAGCAUGUAUUCAGUUGUAGAUUCACAUCUCAAGAGCAAUAGUGACAAACUAGAGAACAUACAGAAGAGACCAGAGUGGGACUAUAAAGAAUGACUGAAGAGAUAAGAACUCUUCAGUUUACAGAAGAGAGAAGUGGGGCCUUCCCUGAGCUCACAGACUCUUAGAGGAUACUUUCUCAAGCAUUUAUGAUGGUUCAAGUACAGUCACAUGUUAUCUGAUUUAAUUCUCACAGCACCCUUGACAUGUCGAUCAGACUAAUUUUGCAGAAGGAGAAAGAGACUCAAGGAACUUGAGUAACUUGCUCAAGUUCCCACAGUAAGCAUGUGGCAGAGCCGCCAUUUGAACCCAAGCUUAUGUUCUCCUUAUGCCAAGCUGCCUUAUAGAGCUUGGCCGACCUAGGCCCCCACUCCAGGGAGAGCAGCCCCAAGGCAGCUGCAGUUUUCCCCUGUGUUUCCCAGACCUUGGGAUUUCUGAGUUAGAGAGUUUUUUGUUUUUUUUUUUUUUAAAUGAGGGGAGUGGUAUCUGGCUGGCUUAAUUGAUGGAGCAUUCAGCUCUGCAUCUUGGGAUUGUAAGUUCAAGUCCCGUGUUGG